UAUACUUAUUAUAUAUACGGCCAAAAAAAAAACUCUCGCGCUCCCAACACGCCCCCCAAUUUGGGGGUAUUCGAACUCGAUUUUGACACCAAUUUGUUCUACUCAUCAAACUUAAUAACAUACUCGAUUUUUAUUUCAAAUUACCCCUUUGUUGUCGGUUGGGAAGACCCCAAAACCCCCUGUGAGCCGGCAAAGAAAAUUUUUGUUUUCCCUCCUGCUACGGGAGCCCAGUCAAACAACCUGCGCAAGGGGUGGAAGCCACGCCAUAGACCUUCCAGCCGCACCACGCCACACUGGUCCCUGCACAAUAGUUUUAUAGUGAAAAAUAUAGCACUAUAG